CCAAAAUAUGACCAGGGGUGCUUGGAUGUGUAGUCGGCAGUAUGAUGACGGCUUAAAAAUCUGGUUCGCACCCCGGGAGAACGAGAAACCCUUCACGGAUUCAGAGAGGGCUCAGAAAUGGCGACUGUCCCUGGCAUCGCUCUUGUUUUUCACGGUCCUGCUCUCUGAUCACUUGUGGUUCUGCGCCGAGGCCAAAUUCACGGGGACCGGAGAGAAGGAGCAGCCGCCACCCGAGAAGCCGGAGCCCACGGAGCCGGAGCUGCUGGCGGGCAUGGGGGAGCCGGCGCCCCCCGCGCCCCGGCUCCUGGCCCCCCCCUCGCCCUCCCUCCCGCCCUCCCCCGGCAGCAGCGGCGGCGGCAGCCGCGGCAGCCGCACCAACGGCACCGAGCCCCGGCACGGCAAGGCUGCUUUCCUGGGGAACUCCACCGCCAGGCCCCUGGAGACGUGCCCCCCCCCGGGCUCCUCGUCCGGGCAGUGCUUCAGCGUGGGCGACGCGGAGGCGGUGUGCCAGCGGCGAGGGGGGUCGGGGCGACCGCGGGGCACGGGGCAGAGCCCGGCGCCCGGCUGGGACCUGACGGAUUUUUACCUUUCCUUUUGUAAUUCCUAUACACUUUGGGAGUUGUUCGCCGGGUUGUCCAAUCCGGACACUUUGAACUGCAGUCUGGAUGUGGUGCUGAAGGGGGAAGGCUCCUGCAGCCAGUGCGUCCAGGCUUACCAGCGCUACGACCAGCACGCUCAGGAGAAAUACGAAGAGUUUGAGGUUAUGCUUCAGAAAUAUUUACAGUCGGAUGAGUACUCGGUGAAAUCGUGUCCUGAGGAUUGUAAGACCGUCUACAAAGCCUGGCUCUGUUCCCAGUAUUUUGAAGUCACACAGUUUCACUGCAGCAACAGAAUCCCUUGCAAGCAAUACUGUUUGGAGGUUCAAACGAGGUGUCCCUUUAUAUUACCAGACAAUGAUGAUGUCAUCUAUGGAGGACUAUCAAGUUUCAUCUGUACAGGGCUCUAUGAAAACUAUCCAACCAAUGCAGAACCAGAAUGCUGUGAUGUCAGAUGGGGACUAUUAUCAGAUCAUCAACCCAAAGGGACUAUAAAAACAAGCGGCUCAACAAUGUGUCACAGGACAUCGCUCACAGUUUCAUCAGCAUCAAGACUGUGUAACAGCAGACUUAAACUGUGUGUUCUUGUAUUAAUUCUCUUACAUACAGUACUUACAGUCUCAGCAGCACAGAACUCAACAGGACUGGGCUUUGGAAGCAUAACAACUUUGGAAGAUAAUUCAGCCAAUGAAGAAUAAAAGAAAGGAUUCAUCUUACAUGAUAGAAACACAACAGGCCCAAAUUACUACAGUCAAAAAUAGCAAGGACUGAGUGCUUUACCCUCAGAGCUCUUCUUGAAAGACCUUUUGGGUAAAAUGAAAAGAAUGGGCCUCUACCCAAACAACAAGGACACACAAACACAGCUUUUUAUUGACUAAAAGGCUGUUUGGUGACUUAACUUUCUCACACCAUUUUAUACACUGUGUUUUAAUGUUUGGAGUUUCUUUUUUUUGUUUGUUUGGUUUUUUGCACUUGUUAAUACAGGAUUUUAUUUUUGGGACGGUUUCUCAAAGCUAAAUUAAGUCUUUUCUCUGUCGAUAUAUUUCUAGUCAUUGUGUGUGUUCAUCUGAUAGUUCUGUCUUUUAUGUCCUGUCAGUUUCUAUUAGAGGAAUGACUGCUAUGAUUUCAUGACAUAGCAAAAAAAAAAAAAAAAAAAAAAAAAGGAAAAAAAAGGAAAAAAAAAGAAAAAAACAGAAAAAAAAACAAAAAAGCCCACAAAAAACCCCAAUGAAAACCCACAAAAAUAACAACAAAACAAAAUUUAACCAAAAAAGAUAAAAUAAUAAGAAAAAGAAAAGAAAAAAUAUAAAGCAACCACAAGAAGAACCCCAAACAAACCUUACUGUCCUCUUAUCCAUGGGAACCAUUCAUCUCCUUUCCCUUUCCCAUCUACCGUCACAGACAACACACAUUUGCUUCUGUCUGUGUAAUCACAAUGAAUGGGUACACAAUUCCAGUGUGCCUCUGCCACUGUUGCACAAAACAGUUGACUGAGCAAACCCAAAAGGAGCAUGAAGGGGGUUCCUUUUAGCUGAACAAACAAGUGCUCUCCUUACAAGGUGGGAUCGGACAGUUAAAAAGUAUAAAGAACUAUAUAACAAACUGUUGCUCUAAUACCCGUUUUGAAGAAGUCCAGUCCUUUCUCACUGGUCAGUUGAACAGGAGCAGCCUUUUCUAGAUAUGUUAAGUAAAACCAGUUAUGCUCAGCAAGUUGAAUAGUUGGGAAGCCUUCAUAUUGGAGGUGAAGGAUUGACAUUCAUUGUGAAUCAUAUUUUGAGUUCUCCUGCUGUCACACAACCAGCAGCUUUCCAUAAAAAAUGGGAGCCAAGAACUUCCAAAAUUCAACUAUUUUUUUUGCAACUGAAUUACACUAGAAGUCUUUUAACAUCUACAAUACAAAUUAUCUCCUUGGUUUGAUUCCAUUGUUUUUCUAUUACCUACAUAUUGUUGAAAGUAACUAGUUUAUUAAGAAUGCACAAGAAUGUGUUAGCACAGAUAAAGAAACUAUUUUUUUUUAAUAUAUAGGACAACCGUUUUCAUAAAUGUGCAAUAAAAACAGUAAAUAUAUACUAGGAUAUGAGUAGUCAAGAGAAAAGAUUGUAAUAUGCUGGUUUUUCAUUGUUUGGGGUGGUUUUGAAUUUGUUUACUUUUAUUUUUUGUGGGAACAUUUCACCUGCUGAGUGUAUGAGAAUUUGCUUUUUAAAAAGGCUUUUUAGAGUUUACAGUAGAAUCAAUGGAAGGAAAAGUUAAUAAGGGCUGUUUUUAAAAACUUUACAUUCCUUCCUAUUCUCUAACUACACUUGGGAAGUGCACUUUAGAGAUGUUUGCUGUGUAGCUGGGAAAUGAAGGAAAACUAUAGAAAAUGUUCUCUUAGAAAAUAAAAUAUAGUUACCUACUUUCUAGCUAUGAAAUACCCCUUGAUAAAUAUUAAUGUUGUAAGAACAUUUAAUCACUGGUGCAUAAUGCGUUUUUGUAUACAAUUUACGGUCUGUUAAAUUCUGGAGAAAAACAAAAAGAAGAUAACCAUGCUGCUUAAGCGGUUCAAGAUGCAAAUGUUAAGCUGCGAAGCUCAAAUAUUUUGCAAGAGUAUUUGUUUUGAUAGUGUUUUGCUACAACCUGGACUGAGGAGCCUAAAAUGAUCUGUGCAAAUACGACAACAAAAAGCACCAGCUAAUGCAAAAUUCUUCAGCACUGGUUUGUUUCUAUAAUUCCUCCCUUCCCUUCCUUGCACAUGCUAUAUUUUGUUCAAUAAAACAUGGUGCUUUUUUAUUUAUUUUAUUUUCUUUUAGAGGCACAUGUAUUAAUUGCAGUGAGUUGAUGCAAAAUUGGGGGGAAAUGUAGAAAUGCAAAAGAAAAAGCCUUAACUAAUGGUAGAAUGUAGACUUUUGAAGGACAGAAAUGUUACUGAAAAGUGAUGGAGCAAUAACUGGGCAGUGCUCUGGUACUGUACAACAGCUGAUAAGUCACACUACUGAGAAAGCUCUUACUAGGUGAGCUCUUGUUCAACUGACCUCUUAAUUCUAGUAAGUGUAUAUGGUCAGUAAACAGUUUGUUAUAACCUUUAUCUACCUCUGCUGUGCAAAGGCCAUCCAACAUCCAUUUUUGUGAUGUUCCUCAUGGUUUUUUGUUCACACCAUUACUCACUGUCAUCUAUUUUUACACAGUACCAAUACAGCACCUAGUCUGAUUCAUCUUGAUUAAAUCGGCAUCUGAAGAAAAGUUUUUAUUAUUUCUCUUUUGCUUCAUAGUGAAUUAAUGUAGAGAUCUAUCUUUAAGGUAUUUUAUUUCUUCUUUUUUGCUCUUCUUCAUUAUUCAUCCCUCAUUUUUCUAUAAAAAUGUUUUCAAGUGGUGUCAGUGAAAAAUUACUCCUCCACUGCUUGGCUACACUCAAUCAUGUGUCAUACAAUAUGAGAGAGACAGGAGGAAAAACAGUGACAACAUCACAUACAUAAUGUAGCCUAAUUAAACUUGGGGAAAAUGAAGCAGAAAACAAUUAUAGACUUUCAAUUCCAAAUACAAGAUGUAAUAAAUUCAUCCCCCUCUCCCUACCUGGAGUUAGUGCCUGCAGUUCAAUGGUCUGUGAAUUUUCUCUGUCAUCUUUUUGAGGUCUGUUUCUUUAAUUUCUGAAACCAAGAGUCACAUUGCAGUGGAAUACUGCUGGGGUAUCUGUUGCCAUUUUCACUCUAGCAGUGUGGUAAGCAGCUUCUCUUGGUGGCACCUGGGACAUCAGGAGUAGACAAAGACUCUUCUAUGAAGUUAAGCAACAUGUAAUCAUGUAUGAUGCAGAAUUCCAUCCCAUCCAUUCUUCAUUCGUAAUAGUUUUCCUGGCACAAACUUAAGCAUGCUUGAUAUUGUGCACAUAUUACUUUUUUUCAGAAUAAAUUUGCAUCUUGCCACUGCUAUAACUGCCAUCUUGUUCCAUUUCUCCUUGUACUGUAUGCCUAAUACAUACAUGAUAAAGAGCUGGCUUAACAAAGAAGUAACACUAAAAUCUUUCUGCAAAUGACUGAUGAGAAGAAAAAGAAAAAAUAUUUAUUUUAUGAUCAUAUGGAAGAAAUUAAUUUCCCAUGUCUUUUAUCGUCUUAUUUUCUACAGUAGGGAAAAUGCAGAUUUUGUGCAAUAUGUUAAUACUGCUAAGCCAAAUGUCAUAUAACAUAACCAGAGCUAUAUGUUAUUCCUUAUUGCACUUGCAUUCAGUAAUACAGUAUAUUGUUGCUUUUCUUUCAUUAAAGAGACAGUAUCUUUUUUCUUUUUUCUUUUUUUUUUUUUUUUUUUAAUAUAGCAGGUGAAGGCUAUCCUUCUGUCCACCAUAAUUUAAAGACAAAAAAACAACAAAAUGUUGGGAUUAAGUUUUAGUUCUAUAAAUUAUGAAACCAAGCCAUCAGCUGCCAAAGACUCUGUGGAACAAUAGUUACAAACAAAACAAAGAUAUUUCUUCUUGAGAGAUAAAAAUAAUUUUAUUCUGCAUGCUUAAAGAAGAAAGAAUAAAAGAAUGAGAGGUGUAUUUCAAACAGCAGAAAUAGCAGGUGUCAUCUGGUACACGUUGUGACUCUCAUCUUAUAUAGUUAUACUCUUCUAUUAAAGAGUGAGGGACAAAGCAUUGUCUUCUGCUCUCUCUGCAUUUAUGAUAAUGAAUGUCCUUUUUGCAAGAUUUGCCUCUCUGCACAGAAGAUACCUGCCUACCAUGAGAGCUGAAGAUAGUACAUGCACACAAAGUUACGCAGUGAAACCUGUCUUGAGAGAUUAUUCAAAGCACAAGCAAAACUAAUUUGUGGAGUAGACCUAGUUUUUAGGAAAAUUCAAGAUACAUGUGAAGACUCAUCUAAACAAGGAGUCUGUGAAGGUGCCUGGUCCUUACUUCAGCUUUCACAGUAUGUCCCAUCAGUGCCACAGCCCCAUGAUAAGCCCUGCCCAGGCAGGCUUCCAGCUGGGCUCAGAGUCAUGCUGACUUCAGUGAGCCUUGGUACAGGUAAAGGCAUGCACCCACAAAAAAAAUCAUGGUAGCAUAUACGUCUUAAUUUGCUAUCCCAUAAUCUCUACUCAGGAAUUGCUCAUGGGCAUAGGGCAUAAAUCGAUCUCUGGGUUCAGCCCUAGCCAAGUCUUGACAAGAAAUUGGCAAAAGCAUAUUAAUGGUGAAUGGUCUUUUUUUAUUAUUAUUGUCUACUCAUAUUAGUUUGGUGAAGGAGUGGUUUCAAAAUUCAGCUAUAAGCACGGAGGACAAACUACCAGAAACUUUGUCAUUGUGGAGAAGAAAUUAAAUAGCUUGUGAGGUAAUAAGAGACUGUCAUCUUUCAGCAGCUGUCAGCAGUCUUUUAGAAAAGCUUGGGAAAAAUAAUAUGUCUAGUUCUGAGUAUGAUAAUUCUCAUUAAAGCUAGAUGAUUUUAUGAGAAAUAGGACUGGAGCACAAACUAUAUCAACUGAGGGAUAUAAUUUGCCAAUAUUUCCUACAGCAACCAUGAGAAUUACAUUACUGAACACCUCUAUGUGUCCAAUACUUAACAGUAUUUUUUCAAAUGGUAACAAGCUUGAUGUCUCCCUGGAGGAAAAGGAGAGAGAGAGAACUACUGUCAUUCUGGAGAAAAUAAAAAAAAAAAACAAAGGCUUAGCCAACUUAGAAAAUCCAUCCGAGAAACAGUUAUAAUUCUUAAAAAUACAAUUGAGAUUAAAAAAAAAAGAAAAAAAAGAAAAAAAAAGAUGCAUAUGUAGGCGUAGAACUAUAUAGAAAUAGACCUAUUUCAAAAAAGAGGGACAAAAAUAUAUGUUCUCUACAAUUAUUAAAAAUACAGCAUACUGUAGAACAAAAAUGCCAAAGGAUAAGACCUAUAAAAAAUAGAGCAAAAUUGCUGUAUUUAUAUUCCUUACUAUGGAGUGUGAAUUUCCAGGUAGAAUUUCAGCUGUAGAAAUAGAUUUUAUAAUAAAGAAGUAAAUAAUUUGGGCAAAAGGGACAUGUUUGGUUAUUUUUUCCACAUACUGUCUCCUAUGAGUUUAGUUAUUUUUUUGAACUUCUCCUUGAAAUCAUUGAGUUACACAGGAAGAUCCCAGCUCAGACCUCAUCCCAGCAGUUCCAGUGGCUGUUGGUGACUCAGGCCGUCUCAGUCAUGGGUCCUAAAGGACAGUCUGCACUCAAAGUGCUGCCUCUGCUUCAGCAUUUCAGUCCAAACUCUAGGCUCUCCUUCUCUCCUCACACUGUGUUCAUCUCUUGGAUGCACAUGAAGUGACCCAGUUUCCUCUUCUGAGGGGCAUGUGCUUACACCUUCUGCAUGGCCUGCUUACCCCUUCAGCCUCAGUCACAGGGUCAUUUCACAAGUCAGAGGAAACACUACUGUGAUUUAGGUGCUGUAUGUGCACGGAACACCCCAAACAGCUGAAACAGGAUAAACAUAAUAAGCAUGCUUUGGUGCAACCCCUCUGAGCAAGCCAGCUGCAUACACCUCUAGACCCUUUUGCUAUUUUCACACUGAGAACUAUCUCAGAAGAAGGGAUUUAUCAACCAGUUUUUGUCAAAUCUCUCUGCAAUAGUUAAGACACUCCUCCCAGCUGACCCCGUGCAUGAUUUUGCCAGGACUUUUUGUCCCUGGUAGGACAAGAUAAAAGAAGAUGUGAUGUCCCACGCCAGAAGGGCAGCUGGAUGAAGAUUAGAAUGCCAGCUGGGACAACUGUAACAAAGACAUAGAAACCUUUCCAUGGAGUCUUUAGCAGUGGGGGAAAUUGAAGACAGAAGAAGGGAUAAAUCAGGCAGCAGAGGGAUUUAUUUUCAUAGAUCACUACAAGUAUUUGAAUGUAUAUUUAGUCAGGACAACACUGAGCAUUGCAGCACCAACAUUUUAUGUGUCUUAUAAGUGGCAGAUAUAUAACUCUGAAUUAAGGUGGAUGAAGCAUAACACACAGUAGGAACUGGUGAUACAAACCAAGAACCUCCUGAGGAAGGUGCUACUUAAGCCAGUGUUCUUCACAGAAUGGGAUAACCCUGUUUUACUCCUGCUCUCUUGGGCUCAUUCUCAGAGCAUCCAGGAAGUUCCUACAUCUACCUGGAAUUCACAUUUCUGAAAGUUUUUUACUAGACAGGCUCCUCCACCAGCUUUUUUGUAUGAAAUGCAGUGUAGGAUGAAGUGGCAACAUGAUACCAUCUAGAAUGCAGUGAAUGAGUUUUCCGUGACCGCCAAUCAGUCCUUCUCUAAUCAGCAGACUACUCUUAUUGAAUGAGAAAGAGAAAUUAAUUUUGUUUUUUUUUCUAGUGUUUUUCCAGUGGACACAAAUAAAUGAACUAAUAAUUGGUCUAGUACAAAUGUACAAAAUUCUGGUUACUACACACGUAUAGGCAAGAGAUGCUCUUUUCCUCCUCUGAGGAAUGUUGAUAGAAUAUCUGGUAGCAUUAUGUAAUUUUGACAGCCUUCAUUAUAAUUUCCACAGGGAAUUCAAGUGUGCUCAGUUCUCCUUCUUUCAUUUGAUGAUGAAGGGCACCUAGCACUUUACAAGACCAAGUUCCUAUGUGGCAGUGGCACUUAACUAUUGUAAGCUACUAUUCAGUUUUCUAGGCAAACUCUGAAAAAAGGCAGAGCAGCUACAUAAGUUGGAAGAUAUCAUACCUUAAUAAAUAAGAAAAAUAGUCACUAGUUGUUGAUAGUUUUGUAGAAAAACAGUAAAAACAAGGGCAAAAGAAAAAAGAAUUGUCUUUCUCCUUCCCUCCCUCCACAUUUCCCUUUCUCUGACAGUGUCACCAAUCUGAACUAGGACAUAAUUUUGCCUUGGUAGCCCUCUGAAAAAUUAAGUACAUUUGGUAAGAGGUAAAAUUCUCCUAUUUCACAUUUCCUAUACGUGUAGAAUAAGAAACAGAAAAAAAUAAUGAAAAACCACAAAACAAAUAAUAAAAAAAUAUUUUUUUUUUAUCCACAGAGAGAUGUUCUCACAUCAUUUCCUAUUCACCAUUAGUCCAUAGGUUCACUGAAUUCAAUGGGACUCAUGCUUUUCAUUUAGAUGGAACUAGUAUUAAUGCCAUGGAUCAAAAUCUGCCAGUUUCAGAGCAAGUCCUUUCAUGGACUUCAGGGAGGAUUUGAAAAGCCCAAGGUCCCUUUGAGCACAGAUAAACUCACAUGGAUAAGAUAAAUAAACAUGUGAUCAGCUGAAAGAUUGAAAUGUUCCCAAGGUUUGUCCAAGGGUUUGGUCAAAUUAGCUGCAGCUCUAUGCAAAAGUCAUGUUGAGCCAAAGCUUUGAGCUUUGAUUUGAUAGACCUUUCUUUUUCUGAACUCUAACAAGUUUCAUUCAGGGUUUGAAUAUGCAAAAACUUACACAGGAUUAUAAAUACAAGGAGAAAGACUGAAAAAGAUUUAUAAUAUUUCACUCCCAUGAGUGAAAAUAAAAUUUAAAAAUUCUGAUAAUAUUUGGUUUUUUUCAUUAACCCUUAAUGACAAUUUAUUUAUGUAGCUGUUCAGAAGCUGCUUGGUUUCACUUGUUUCCCUUUGUUUUGUCCAAAACCAGAUUUUUGGCCUUUAAAGAUUCAGAUUGAACUAUGCAGCUAAAAAUUAUAUGUUUCUGUUAAAAGAUUUGCAAUUAAAAUUAUUCUACUCUUCUGUUCCUUCCAAAUUGUAUGACAGAAAACUCAUGUUAAAAAUAGAUUUAUUUAACUGUGUUUAAUCUUCUUUUUUCUUUUCUUUGUUAUUUGUUUUUAUUUUCUUUCUUCAGAGUUAAGGACUGGAUUUUAUUUGAAAUGGGCUAAACUGGCAUCAGUGUUUUUUAACAAUAUGGAAUGUCCUAUGAUUCUUAGCAUUGAAAAGAGGGCUAUGUGGUCCUGUCAGAAAAAAAAAAAAAAAAAAAAAAAAAAGAAAAGAAAAAAAAAGCUGUAAAUUGUAAUAAUAUAUUACAUAUUGUAUUAUUAUAGCAACUUUAGUUAAGCAACUACUAUCUUUAAUUUUUUACGGAGAACUUUGAUGAAAUAAUUUAUUACAAUGACUCACAGAAAAAACUUGUUUUCAAAAUGACAGGAGAAACUGUUGAACAUUGUGAAAAAAAGACUAACAAUAAUGCUCUACUAAGAAUAAAUUUAAAGAUGCAAA